UUUUUUUUUUUUUUAAAAGAAAAAAAAUUACUUAGUAUUUGUUGAUUAAACCAUGAAAGCUUAUAUUAUUAUUAUUAAAAUUUUUUAUGUUCUUUAUUUAAUUGCAUGUAUUUGUGCAGAAAUUUGGUAUUUGAUAACUUUACGUAAAAUUGGAGAUUAUAAUGACCAUGACAUAAAGAUAUGUAUGUUUCUUACGAUAUAUACAAGCUCUUUCUAUUUUUUGUGGAUUCUUUCAUCACUAAGUUACAUAUUAAUUUAUCCAUAUAAUGUCAAUGAAGAAAAUAUUUAUGUCUUUUUUAUCUCUAUUUAUAAAUAAUAGAACUCCUGUUACAUCUAAUGUUAUUAUUAGUUUAUUAUUUGGGUUAAGAUAUAGAGUUCCAGAUUUAAAUCUUGGUAAAAUACCUUUUAAUUGUAAUUAUGAUUAUGAUUUGCCAGAGAAUAUUAAAAUUGUAUGUAAAGCAAAAUUUAUAAGUUGUACUUUAGGUUUUUUUAUAUAUACU